CGUCGACUACAUUUCCCACUAUCACUUGCGGUCGUGUCGCUAUGUGAGCUGUUUUCGCUCUCUGAGCACUUCUUUACCUUUAACUGACUUAGAUUGUGUUUUGGAGUGAUGCCGCGCGGCAUCGCUUGGCUCAAAAUGAGUUUUAUACUUUGUUAAUUAUUGCUUUUGUCAACAUUACAAGGCGCCGGUUCAGAUGAAAUGGAGAUAACGCGUAGCAGACCGUCUUUGUAUGGAGACAUAGCUCAUGGUCUUGGGUUCUGGACGGACCGGACUGCGGUCCAUGAAGCGGCCGCGCAAGGAAGGGCGGUCCAGCUGCAGCAGCUCAUUGAAAAUGGUGCGACUGUGAACAUGGUGGCAGUCGACUCCAUCACACCGUUACACGAAGCGUGCAUACAGGGCCACACCCAGUGCGUCAGAUUACUGCUGGGUGCCGGGGCACAGGUGGAUGCUCGUAACAUAGACGGAAGCACGCCGCUGUGUGAUGCCUGUGCUGCAGGCAGUUUGGAGUGUGUCAAGCUGCUGCUAGAGUACGGAGCAACUGUCAAUCCCCCGCUGUUUACCUUCUCACCGCUUCAUGAGGCAUGCAUGGGAGGCAAUUCCGAUUGUGUCCAGCUAAUGAUCGACCAAGGAGCCUACAUGGAGGCUCAUGACUGCCAUUACGGCACGCCACUCCAUGUCGCCUGUGCCAGGCAACAUUACGCCUGCGCUAAAGUUCUUCUCAAUUCUGGUGCAAACGUGAAUGCCGCCAAGCUGCAUGAGACAGCCCUCCAUCAUGCGACCAAAGCAAGGAACGUCCAUUUGAUUGAGCUGCUUGUGGAGUUUGGCGCCAACUUGUACGCCAGAGACAACCUGAACAAGAAGCCCAUCCAGUACACCAGUUUAGGAUCGCCUUCCUACCUUUGCUGUCAGUUUUAUGAAAACACACCCCUCAGUCUCCAGCAGAUUAGCCGGCUGGCUUUGAGGAGGAUCCUGGGCGUGAGGGCGCUGGAUGUUUUCUCCAAGUUAGGUCUGCCCAAUCUCAUCAUUAGUUUUCUAUCAUACAUGCCGCCUCCCGUUUUUGAAAUGUAAUCAAUUGGUCUGAGAGGUGACGAUGGCAACACGUUUAGUGUAUGACUACUGUAUAUACAGUAUGCUUGAUUGUACAUUUGUAAAUUCUCUAUGUAACUUGUGUAAAUAAACAGACCUUCUACAGGAUGGUUAUUAUAAAGAUUUACUUAUUUGUGUCCUAAACUGCAUAAAUGGAAAGAAAUACAAUUACUGCCAAUCUCUGCUUUAUAAAGGGCAACAAUUCUCUAAAGCAGUGGUCACCAACCUUUUGGAGGCCAAGAUCCCUGGUCUCGUGGGUGAACCUGUGCAAGAACUACCUCUGCACUCUCCACCCAGUACACAAGCUAGUAACCAAGCAUUUUGGCUUUACAGUGUGUAACAAAAACUGCAUUUUCACGAUGGAUGGAUGG